UUAUGAGGUACGGAUAGAGAGCCAAUUGGAACUGGUAAAAAGGCAAAAAUAACAAACUCAAACUAAGUUAAGAAGGAAGGUACGAGCGAGAGAGAGAGAGAGAGAGAGAGAGAGAGAGAGAGAGGGAGAGAGAGAGAGCACCUCCUUUGUAGGAGGCGACUGGGGAAGCACAGGUAUCCCCUCUCUAUCCACGUCUAUUCUCCAUGCCCUACAACUUUUUCUUUUCCAACCUUUCUUCUUCAUAUUCUUAUUCUUUCAGGGGUAUCCAAUCGUUGAGACGACGAGCAGUUGCGGGAGGAGUGAAGUUUAAGAUUCCGGCUAAUUAUAUUAAUAUUGGAAGUGGCCGGAAGUUGAUGAUCUUAUAAUGUCUUCUUCGCCUUCUGUGACUGCUUCGUCCCCAGAUUCGUCCCCCAGCCCACCAACACCACCGUCGUCCACAUCGCCUGAUUCGCCACCGGAUUCUUCAUCAUCAUCGUCGUCAUCGCCAUCACCACCAUCACCUCCACCGUCGUCCACAUCGCCUGAUUCGCCACCGGGUUCUUCAUCAUCGUCGUCGUCACCGCCAUCACCACCGUCACCUCCACCUAAAGAACCACCUCCCUCGCCUCCACCAAAAUCCAGCAGUUCCCCAUCUCCAAAGGCAUCCCCAACACCUCCUACACCGCCAACGCCUUCUUCCAAAAAUGACAGCUCUGCUCCUCCACCUUCCAAAGCCGGUUCACCCCCACAGAUUUCUUCACCUACUCCUCCGUCUUCCAGCGGCGAUUCAUCCCCAUCACCACCUCAUGCACAGAAAUCCCCACCGUCUUCAUCAUCAUCAAAUGCAACAAAGUCAUCGGAUUCCGAUAGCUCCUCCUCUUCCUCCUCCUCCUCCUCCUCCCCCUCCGGUUCCUCAUCAUCUUGGUCGGCACCGGUAAUAGUAGGAGUGACUGUUGCAGUAGUGGCAGUAGUACUUGUGAUCUCCAUAUGUGUGUUUUGCUUGAAGAAGAAGAGGAGGAAGAAUGAACCUAUGAAGUAUCACGGCGAAAAUCCUUCUCAAGCUCGCAAAGGUGGUAACAAUUAUUACAACAGUACACCGGGAGGAGACCAUGUGGUUCGGCUAAGCUCCGCCGGCGGCGGUGGCUGGAACGCGCAGCCACCACCUCCACUGCCAUUCCCCAACAGUGGGGAUGCGAGCUCCGACUUCUCAGGUGCACCGUUGCCUCCUCCAGCACCGGGAAUGGCUCUGGGAUUCAAUAAGAACACCUUCACUUACGAAGAGCUCGCCGCGGCCACGAACGGGUUCUCGCAAGCCAACUUGUUGGGUCAGGGCGGGUUCGGGUACGUGCACAAGGGUGUGUUGCCCAAUGGAACCCAAGUUGCGGUGAAGAGUUUGAAAAGUGGGAGUGGGCAAGGUGAGAGAGAGUUCCAGGCUGAGGUUGAGACCAUCAGCCGUGUCCAUCAUCGCCAUCUUGUCACCCUCGAAGGUUAUAGUAUUGCUGGUGGGCAGAGGAUGCUGGUGUAUGAAUUUGUUCCCAAUAAGACCUUGGAAUAUCAUUUGCAUGGAAAGGGUCUUCCCAUCAUGGAUUGCGCAACCAGGCUUCGGAUAGCGAUAGGAUCUGCCAAGGGCCUCGCAUACCUUCAUGAGGAUUGCCAUCCACGAAUUAUCCAUCGGGAUAUCAAAUCUGCUAACAUUCUGCUUGAUUACAACUUUGAAGCCAUGGUGGCCGAUUUCGGGUUGGCUAAGCUGUCUUCUGAUAAUUACACUCACGUUUCUACAAGAGUCAUGGGAACAUUUGGGUACUUGGCUCCAGAAUAUGCAUCAAGUGGGAAGUUAACAGAGAAAUCUGAUGUUUUCUCGUUUGGAGUCAUGCUCUUGGAGCUCAUCACUGGAAGGCGACCUGUUGAUCCGUCGAAUGCCAUGGAGGAUAGCUUAGUUGAUUGGGCUCGACCUCUUUUGACUCGUGCAUUGGAAGAUGGAAAUUUCGAAGAGCUUGUGGAUCCAAGGUUGGAAGGUAAUUACAACACCCAUGAGAUGAUGCGCAUGAUCGCCGCUGCCGCCUCUAGCAUCCGCCAUUCUGCCAGAAAGCGCCCAAAGAUGAGCCAGAUAGUACGAGCACUGGAGGGAGAUGUAUCAAUGGACGAAAUUAAUGACGGGGUGAAACCUGGGCAUACUGCUUUCUUCCCUUCAAGUAGCAGCUCAGAGUAUGAUACAAAUGCAUACAACGCUGACAUGAAGAAGUUCAGGCAAAUGGCUCUUUCCAGCCAGGAUUUCGGGAUGAGCGGCGAGUAUGGGACGGGUUCUAGUAAUGACUCGCGAGAGAUGGCCAACAAUGGCACCCAAAGGUUUUGAGCAGCCUUUGUGUGUGUGACCCAAAAAAUUAGAAAAAAAUAAUAAUAACAAUAAAGGAAAAAAAAAAAAAGAAAAAAGAAAAAAA